AUGGCGACAAUACAUCAUCGUGGUAUGAAACGAAGUUUUAUCGAUGAAGAAGUUAAUUUAUUGUCGUCGAAAAAAAUUAAACGAUUAGGAGAUAAUCAUAAACAAAAUUUAAAACCAUCAACAUGUGAUUGGUCAUUGCAACAUAAAAAUAAAUUCAAGAUAAUUAAGGAGGAAAAAUAUGAAUUUGAAGAAGAAUAUCAUUGUCAAGUUUAUCUUAAAUUAUAUUCAACAACAUGUAAAUGUACACUUGAUGUUAUUGUUAAAUCAACCAAUGAUAUCAUUGAUGAUGAUGAUUCAAUUUUAUUAGCAAAAACUCGAAUAGCAAAAGUCAUUAAACCAGGUGUUAUUCGUGUUCGUCUUGUUUCAUCUCUAUUUAUUGCAGAUGUUGAUGUGUAUGAAGAUUCAUCUCUUAUUAAACUGGAAACAAUUAAGAAAAAACAUAGUUAUAAUAAUUUUGAUAAACAAUUUGCUCUUCAAUUAAAAAAUAAUCGAAUUGGUCCAGGGGUUAUUGGUAAAUUAUUUAUUGAAUCAUUAGAUCCAUCGAAUGGAUCAUAUAUAAACGAAUCUCCUAUAUUUGAACUCAAUCUUAGUUUAGCGUCAGAAUAUGAAAUCUUAUCAACUUCAUCUGACCAGUUGAAAUUAAAUGACAUAAAACUUAUUCAUCGUCUUGCUGAACAUCUUCGUUAUCAAUGGAAAUUCAUUGGCCGUGAAUUAGCACCUUGUUUUUCUGAAAUAGACUUAAUAGAUUUUCAACAAACAUAUUUAAUAUUAGAUGGCAAUCAUGAAUGUGCAUAUCAGUUAUUAAGAGAAUGGUAUAUACGUUAUCCUGAUCAAGCUAAUAUUCGUUAUUUAUUAACUCGAUUGAAACUUCCUUUGGAUGUGAUUGUUAAAAUUCAUAAUGAUGUUGUGAGAAAAUUUAUUUCUAGUUAG